UUAGGACGUGAGAAAAGGCAGCGACGAGCCAGUGCGCCCCACCCCUGGUGUAGGUUAAUUUGUUUGUCGAAUAUCCACACACACUAUAUAAACCCACCCUCUUCUCAACAAUUUAUCCUACAUUUUCUUCUUCUUCGUCAUGUCCAAUGUCAACGACCGCUGGGUUACCAUGGCCAUGGCUGACGACACCCUCGUCGCCGACCAGCUCCUCCUUCUGCGCCACCACCACCGACCCUCAGUCAUCCGCCGCUGGGUCCGCCGCCAGCGCCGCACCCCGAGGCUCCCCGUCGCCGGCUACGAGGGCAACACUCGCAAAACCGCACUAACCCAUCCCUCGGCAUCUAAGGCUGUGGAUGAAAGUGAAACUGCCGCUGAUAAAAGAAGGGCAAGGAAGAAAAGAAUUCUACGUGAUCUUAAACUGGAGCACAAAAUCAGUCUAGACGAAAAUGAGGAUUUAAGAGAUAAACUUACAGCCGUUAAUCUGACAGUUGAGAAAAAUAGAUGCAAUGCCAAAAAUAUAAAGAAAUUAAAGCUUGAUUUGAAUUCAAGAAGGAUCUUGAAAACGGCACAAGCUAUUCUUGACCCGCCUAAGUCUGUGGAUACAGCGAACUUAGGCUCAGAACAGAUUCUCGAGGGCAAGCCAACUCCUGUCUGUUCAGCUGCAAGUGCUCCUCCCUCCAACCAACCUGAGAUUGGUGGCCAGAAACCUCCAUUGUUGCUUCCUGAUCUAAAUCAACCAUCGGAGGAGUAUUUGACGGAAUUUCUUGGAUUCAGCCAAUGAAAAAUACUUUCCAAACUUAUAUUUAGAUAGUGAUAGUUGUUUUCCAUACACAUAGCAUAUCAGUACUGAGGGUAGUGCUGUGGAGAUCCUUUAAUUUAUAAUAACUCAGCUAUAGUUUCAUUCUUUCUGUUACUGCUUUUCUAAAUUUUCCAAAUAUUCUUCAGGGCAAAUCUCUUUCCUU